UGCAACGCCUUCCAGUGGAUCCAGUACGGCAGCAUCAACAACGUCUUCGUGCGCUUCUACGACGUGAGCGCCUUCGCCAUCGACUGGCUCUCCAUGAGCUACAUGCUCGUCUACAUCCCCCUGCUCUUCCCUGUCGCUUGGCUGCUGGACAAGAGGGGGCUGCGCCUCGUCGCCCUGGCUGGCUCGGCCCUGAAUGCUGUGGGCGCCUGGGUGAAGCUGGGCAGCAUGAAGCCGCAUCUCUUCCCCGUCACCGUCCUGGGACAGGUCAUCUGUGCCCUGGCCCAGGUCUUCAUCCUGGGCAUGCCCUCACGCAUCGCCUCUGUCUGGUUUGGCUCCCACGAAGUCUCCACCGCCUGCUCCAUCGCGGUCUUUGGGAACCAGCUUGGUAUCGCUGUGGGCUUUCUAGUCCCUCCAGUUCUGAUUCCUAAUGUGGAGGAUGUGGAGAAGCUGGCCUACCACAUCAGCAUCAUGUUCUUCAUGACUGCAGGUGUGGCAUCAGCCCUAUUCAUCCUGGUCAUCCUAGUCUUCAAGGAGAAGCCCCAGAACCCUCCAAGCCGAGCUCAGGCCUUGAUCCAGUCAAGACCAACAGCAGAAUAUUCCUACGUGCAAUCAAUCCUCCGUCUGCUCCACAAUGCCAACUUUUUGCUCCUUAUGGUCACUUACGGUCUGAAUGUAGGUUGUUUCUACGCCCUGUCCACUCUGCUGAACCGCAUGGUGAUCCACCACUACCCAGGGGAGGAGGUGAAUGCUGGCAGGAUUGGACUCACCAUUAUAGUGUCGGGGACAGUUGGGGCUCUGAUCUCCGGCAUCUGGUUGGACAGAACCAAAACCUACAAACAAACAACACUAGUCGUCUAUAUCAUGUCUCUAGUGGGAAUGAUAAUCUACACCUUCACUCUGAGCCUAGGCCAUCUCUGGGUGGUCUUUGUGACUGCUGGCACGCUGGGUUUUUUCAUGACAGGAUACCUUCCCCUGGGCUUUGAGUUUGCUGCAGAGUUGACAUACCCAGAAUCAGAAGGAACAUCAUCAGGGCUCCUUAAUGUCUCAGCACAGAUUUUUGGUAUUGUUUUCACCAUUGGCCAAGGGCAAAUCAUGGAUCGCUUUGGAACGAAGGCAGGAAACCUCUUUCUUUGUUCCUUCCUGUUCCUGGGGACCGUUAUGACAGCAUUCAUUAAGGCUGAUCUUCGAAGACAACAGGCCAAUUUGGAAAAUGAACACACAAAAGUGUUGCCAGAAGCUUACACUAAUCCCAUAGUUCUUGAGGAAUCAAGGUUGUGAAAUGGAGGGGUGGCAGAGCUGGGAGAUGCAGCCCUCCUCAUUCCCAUCUUUGCUACCUGCACCACCCUCCUGUGACAUGUGCCCCAUGGUCUGGAGGAAGCAUCAGGACAGGAGCCCAGUGAGCUGCUUCUGGAGAAUGUGAAAGAGCAAAACAAGAAGGGCGUUGCUCUCUUCAGUUAUACCUUUGCAUCUUGCUAUUUUAGAGACUUUGCUGCUUGGUAGAAAAAGUUGGGAAAACCCACUGUGUCCCACCCUAUCCCACCAUGUAUGCUUGGAAAAAGCACAUGUGCUGAGAAAAGCCACAGUACCGGGCUGAGCACAUGAGGGUGGCACGUUGCUUGUGGCUGUGCCUCCUCUCACAGGCAAACUGGGACAUGAAAUGCAGAAGCUGGACCACACUUUGUGAGUAGACCUGGAAGAGCUUUCAGCUAGCUCUCGGGAAGAGGGAUUGCUCUGCCUCGGUGCCUGUGAUCCUCUGUGUUGCACAGGUGAUGGUGGAGGCCUCAGUACAUCACCAGCAAGUGAAAAGCAGUGCAUCAGCCACUGCCAGCUCUGUUUUUAUUAUUUGGCUUUCCCAGAUGAAGCACUCUUAGUCUGGAUAAACCUCUGCUCAGAAUUCACUGGGGUUGGCCUGAUGUCCCUAUACAUUAGGAGUAAUUUAGAGAUACCAAUAUGCCUCCUUCUACCUGGAGGCAAGACUAGUUCUGCAACCUAAGCCUAGCUCAUCACUACAUUAGUAAUAGAAGUGAGUCAAACCACAAGUUUGACUGUCUUCCAUCUUAAUAAAAAAGUGCCUUUUGCAUGUUUCAACAGUACAUAGAAACUUUUGUGAAGUGUUAUAUUAAGAAAACCAGCCAAGGCUGUGUUGCUUUUCACAGCCAUAGAGAGGGGUAUGAUGGGAAUCCAGAUUUGCUCCAGUGUAGAAGCUGCCCUCUUACCAGCAUUUGUGUCUUAUAGACACUACCCAUCUGUAUGCUGCUUAUCUUCUAAACAUAAAUGCAGAUCCUUACAUCACUUCUCCUUCAUUUGCAGCGUCCCACCCCUGGUGGAGACAUCAAGUGUCCUUAAAUCACAGUUAUUCAUUUAUCAUUUGAAGGAGGGGACAAAAACUGCACUGAGGUGGAACAGUUAAAAAUACUGCUCUCUGACAUACCAUUUUUGACAAAAUAUUUUUUGGGUGAAAUUAUAGCAGUCUUUGAUACAUUGCAUUUUGAUACAGCCUGCCUGAGUUCAAGAAGUGUUUGGACAAUGCUAUCAGGUGUAUGGUGUGAUUCUUGGGGUGUCCUGCCC